UUUGCGUUUUGGAGCAUCGGUUUCGUUUUCGUGGGCGCAGCAUAUCGGAGGAAAAAGUACAAUAACAAUACACACAAUGGCUCCAAAACAGAGGAUGCGCAUCGCCAACGAGAAGGCCACCAAGUUUAUCACCCAACGCGGAAACGUGCCCAAAUCGUCGAGACCACAGGACGAGUCAUCACCAGUUGGUCCAUGGCUCUUGGCAUUGUUUAUCUUUGUAGUUUGUGGUUCUGCCAUUUUCCAAAUUAUUCAAAGCAUCAGAAUGGUAUAAGUCUGUUAAGAACAUAUAAAUUCCAGCUAAGCCCAAAAACAAACUGUCUACAACAUCUAUCAAGGCAGCUGAUGUCUAUAUUAUCUUUUUUAAGAACGACUGAUUUUUUUACACAGCUGUAAAUUUCAUAAAAUGUAAAGACAAUCGAAUUUAAAUUUUUACAAAAAUCAACAAUCUAAUAAGAGUGUGGGUGGGCUUAAACCUCAUCUGAAAAAACGAUUUCUCUAAAUCAAAGAUAUUUUUUUCUUCUAUUGACUUCAUAAUCGAUUUAUUUUAAAAAAAUUGUAAUCAGAAUUCAUACAAUAGUUUUUAAGUUGAUGGGAAGUUAAUUUAAAUAUCAAGUUUUGUAAGAACUAAAUAUUUUUUGUUGUAUGCUUAAUUAAUGCGUAAAUCUUUAUGAUGUAUGUUCAGAGAUUUAAGAUUGUUGUUAAAGACUUCAUUGUGUUUCUGAAUUUUUUUUUCUAUCUUUUCAAUGGAUGCAAAUAAUCUAUCUUCCAUUGAUAUUUGUACAGAUUUGAAUUGUAUAUAAGUGUUUGUCAUUCCAAAAACCAAAAUGAUGUAUUUUGCCAUCAAUGACUAAUAAUUUUAAAUGUUCACUGUGUGCAUAAAUUAAGUAUGAAUAAAUUACAUUGUCUACUUGAUCAUCAUUUGUAAAAUUUUAUUAGUUUUUCUAAAAACCUUUAAAAGUCUUUUAAACAGGCACUUCUUUACUGAUGUGCGAAUGCCUUAGGGGGUGUACUAUGAUAGAUUUAUUAGGACAUCAUGUAUUCUGCUUGUUUAACUCUAAUUUAGUGUAAAUGUAUAUCAAAGAGUGAUGAAAGUAUGACACACUAUCCUGUGUGACCACCAUAUUAAGUUGAUCACAUCACUUACUUAAUUCAUUGUACUUUACGCAUUAAAGUUUUUUUUUUUUUUUUAUAUUCUUCAGAGA